AUGGCACCCAAGAAGCCCUACCUGGGUGCUGGCUUCCUCACCUUCCUUGGCAUCAACUGGGUCCAAGGCUCCAUCUUGGGCCCGAUGAUGAUGUUUGCGCCCAGGCUCUUCUUCUCCAUCAACAAGCAAAUCGGCCUCUUAGUCGGUGACUCCCCCGAGCUGCUCGACCGCCUCGCAGAGGAAUCGCACUUUGGCACUCGCUUUUUGGGCGCGGCGAUCGUCACCCUCGAGACGGUCCUGUGUUACCUCAUCUACACAAAACCCGAGUCGCGCGAUUUGUACUUGCUGAACUUUUUCUGGAUGCUGACGUCGGGAACUGGUGGCUUGCUGUUCUACUGGGACACUGGAAUGAAGUGCGGGCUCCCACUGGUGGCUCAGUCCGCCUUCUGGGGGGUGGGAUACUGGAUGUUGUAUCAGAACCCGCCGGUCAAGAACGCGCCGUUGGCCAAGGCAAUACACAGUUGA